GGCUGCGACUAGUAACGCCUUUCGCUCAGCUGUGUCGAUGGCUGUCGGCUGACCCGCGCAUCUAAGGUUUCAUGUCCGGUGUUAUGGCAUAUAAGGACAGUGGAAUACCAUAUUUGGAGCAGGUUGAAGCGGAGGAAUCAGGGACAGAUCCUGAUGGAGUCAAGGAAAACACAGCAGACAUUGUACAACAGGAGAUGAGCUCAUUGCUUCAAAAUGUAUCUUUGCUAUCUGAAUCCUCAGAAUUGACCAGUCAGGAGAAUGUGCUAAGGACACAGGAAUACCAACAUGUUCCUGAGCAUGAAGGGGCUGUUGAGCUGACUUGGAAUGAAGGGGACCAGGAAAAGCCCUGUGAUGUUCCUGAAGACUCCCAAAUAUCCAAUGAAGAUGGCACCUUACAAGAGUCUUUAAAUGUCCCAUCUGGGAUCCCUGUAGUCCCAGACACCUCUCAGGAGGAUUCUGGCACUGACCAGAGGCCUACACAUAGUUUGGAGGAGGAAGGGUCUCAGAGCAGUGCAAUAAAUAAUGUUGUGGGGGACUUGGAACAAUGUAUUAUAGGCAAUAAUGAGCUUAGGGGCCCAGAACAGAGGCCUGCAAUGGAUAUUAACGUUUCAAGCUCAUGUCAGGGGACUGCAGAGUGCAGUUUAAGGGGGGAAUCAGGACAGAGAACUAUAGAGAGUACUGAUGAGAGAGACUCCGUACAGAGAACUGAAGGGUCCACAGAGCUGGAUGUGCCAGAUCAACCACUUGCUGUUGCAACCUGUGAUGAAAGCUCAGAAUUGGAAUGUACAGUUGUCACAGAGGAAGGUUCUGAGCAGAUACCUACGUUGGACACUAAGGUUAGAGAGACUGACCAAGAGCCACUGGAAUUUAAUGAAGAGAUGACCUCAGAACAAAGAUCAGAGGAAGUCAUUGAGACUGAAGGCACUGAGCCAGCUUCUGAAAGGAAUACUGCAGAAGAAAACUUAGAUGAAAGACCUGCUGAGGUCACUGUAGUUGAUGAACUAGGAAAAACCGAACAAAAUGAGGAUUGUGAGUAUUCUGCGUCAUUGGAUAAUACUUUAGAAGACUCAGGGGAUUUCUCUAGCCUUUCCUCAGUAGUUGUGGCAAGCACUUCCGAGACGUCACCAGUAGCUCCGCCUGCUCAGCGAGAUGAGGACAUCACUGCUGAGGGCUGGCGUACAAGACGGAAGCAUGUAUUUGUCCUGAGUGAGGCUGGGAAGCCUAUCUAUUCUCGUUACGGUAAUGAAGAAGCUCUGUCCUCCACCAUGGGGGUCAUGAUGGCAUUGGUCAGCUUUGUCCAGAGUGGGAAUAACUGCAUCCGUUCAAUCCACUCAGACAACCAGAAAGUGGUCUUCCUUCAACAAGGACCUCUUGUGCUGGUCUCUGUGUCCCGUACACCUCAGACGGAGGAGCAGUUGAGACUCGAGUUGCAGUAUGUGUACUACCAGAUCAUCAGCAUGCUCACGCAAGCAAGCGUGGCGAGGAUCUUUGAGCGCAAGAAGAACUACGACCUGCGGCGAUUGUUGACUGGUUCUGAGAAGAUAUUGGACAGCCUUUUAGAUUUGUUAGAGACAGACCCAGGUUUUCUGCUGCGUGCUGUAAGCUGCGUGCCACUUCCCAGCCCUUUACGAGAUUCUCUCAGCUCGAUCCUCACAAAGGCCAUAACCACCAACCUAGUGUUCUCUAUACUGGUGGCAGAACAGCAAUUAGUGACUGUUGUGCAGGAGAGGGCAGUAAUUGAGGACUGUCGUCUGGACCCUGCAGACCUCCAUCUCCUUCUCAAUCUCAUUGGUGCAUCCUCUGCUUUCCAAGCAGGAGAGAUCUGGACACCAAUCUGCCUCCCGCGCUUUAACCCAGAUGGCUACUUUUAUGCUUACAUCUCAUACCUAGACCCACAGUGCACGGUUUGUCUAGUGCUUCUUUCCACAGACAAAGAAUCAUUUUACGCUGUAUCCGCCUGCAAAAAAAAGAUUCAAGAGGCCAUGGAAGCUCAGAACUCUUUGCAGGCUUUGUCCAAUGCUCUUCGAGGCAGCUCGUAUAGUGCUUCCUUGGUGGGUGUUCCUGAGCUGCUGCACUUUGUAUACAAACCGCUAGACAUCCCUGAAACCUACAGACAACUUCCACAGUUUACCAGCCCUGAAGCAGAAGGUCCCUACUCAAGUGCAGAAGAGAGACAAAGACUUUUUGAUUUGUAUCGGUACCUGCAUUGCCGCAUCCACAGCACAACAAGACCUCUCCGUCUCAUCUAUCACGUGGCUGAGAAAGAGACAUUGCUUGCCUGGGUGACCAGUAAAUUUGAAUUGUACACUGCGUUCAGCUCUUUGGUAACGAAAGUCGGUGCCAUUAAUGUAAUAACCAAACUUCUACGCUGGAUUAAAAAAGAGGAAGACCGUCUUUUUAUCCGCUAUCCUCCAAAGUACUCCACGACUCCACUUCCUGGAAAAGGCUCCAAGGCCGGACGGCCAGAUAGGACUGAUGCCUCUCAGAAUGGAUUUUUCUCAGGACUUUAGCAUUGCUAAAAACCUAAGUAACUGUAGCCAUACUCCGUUUAGGAGAGGAAUUGUCUGUUCUCCCCAGCAAAGCAGUUGGGUGCCUGUCUGUUCUAAUGAUCAACAUGUUCAUUGUGAUUCUGCUCAGCUACUUGAUCCAACAGUUAUUGAAAUAGCUGUGGUACUGUACCCAGUUGUCUAUUGUGAUGACCAGUGUAUUAGCUGUGUGCUCGGCUCCCUGUUUGAUGACCAGUGUGUUAGCUGUGUGCUCAGCUUCCUGUUUGAUGACUAGUGUAUUAGCUGUGUGCUCGGCUCCCUGUUUGAUGACCAGUGUAUUAGCUGUGUGCUCGGCUCCCUGUUUGAUGACCAGUGUAUUAGCUGUGUGCUCGGCUCCCUGUUUGAUGACCAGUGUGUUAGCUGUGUGCUCGGAUCCCUGUUUGAUGACUAGUGUAUUAGCUGUGUGCUCGGCUCCCUGUUUGAUGACCAGUGUGUUAGCUGUGUGCUCAGCUCCCUGUUUGAUGACCAGUGUGUUAGCUGUGUGCUCAGCUUCCUGUUUGAUGACUAGUGUAUUAGCUGUGUGCUCGGCUCCCUGUUUGAUGACCAGUGUAUUAGCUGUGUGCUCGGCUCCCUGUUUGAUGACCAGUGUGUUAGCUGUGUGCUCGGCUCCCUGUAAUGACCAGUGUGUUAGCUGUGUGCUCGGCUCCCUGUUUGAUGACCAGUGUGUUAGCUGUGUGCUCGGCUCCCUGUUUGAUGACCAGUGUGUUAGCUGUGUGCUCGGAUCCCUGUUUGAUGACCAGUGUGUUAGCUGUGUGCUCGGAUCCCUGUUUGAUGACCAGUGUGUUAGCUGUGUGCUCGGAUCCCUGUUUGAUGACCAGUGUGUUAGCUGUGUGCUCGGAUCCCUGUUUGAUGACCAGUGUGUUAGCUGUGUGCUCGGAUCCCUGUUUGAUGACCAGUGUGUUAGCUAUGUGCUCGGAUCCCUGUUUGAUGACCAGUGUGUUAUCUGUGUGCUCGGAUCCCUGUUUGAUGACCAGUGUGUUAGCUGUGUGCUCAGAUCCCUGUUUAAUGACCAGUGUGUUAGCUGUGUGCUCGGAUCCCUGUUUGAUGACCAGUGUGUUAGCUGUGUGCUCGGCUCCCUGUUUGAUGACCAGUGUGUUGGCUGUGUGCUCGGCUCCCUGUUUGAUGACCAGUGUGUUGGCUGUGUGCUCGGCUCCCUGUUUGAUGACCAGUGUGUUAGCUGUGUGCUCGGCUCCCUGUUUUGGUGAUCAGAUUGUGUAUGCUCACUUCCUGUCCUUCUGAUCAGCACAUUAGCUGUGAUUAUCGGCUCAGUUUUGUUCUAACUACUGUGUGUUUUCUACAGUCUUGCGUGCCCUGUUCUUACUUGCCUUUUAGCUAAAUCUCUGUGCUCAACUGCUUGUCUGUCUAGUUGUUGUGUUUAGUCUGCAACCGUCUUCCUGUUGUAGCUGCGAUUAUUCGCUUUGCUUUCUAUCUUACUUUUCAUUGUGUUUUGGUCCUCUUCCAUGUAUAAACUUCAUUGCGGUUCUUGACUCUGUGUCAUGAAUGUGUGUAAGCCACUUGGUAUAUUGAGAAGGUUGUCUUUGGAGACAGUCUGUAAGGUGCAUCUAUAGUGCAAUUAAAGCAUUGUGUGACUUGAAUUAUAAACAGACGAUGUUUGAGUGGUUAGAUGUUUGUGGCUGCCAGGUUUAUAGUGUUGAACAGACCCCUAUUUGAUUGUGUGUGAGGUGUGGAGCAAAAUCUGUCUGAGAUGGAGGUGGUUUGCAAGGUGCGGUGUAUAAGAUCAAAGACGGUCUACCUUUAGAGACCUUUUUGUUGGUUACAGUUUUAUUCAGCCUAUUAUAGGAGACUCGGCAGCAUGUGAGUUGCAGGGUAUAGCAUAGCGCUAUAGAGUAGAUCCCCUCUUUUAUGAAGAGUUUAAGGUUGUGUGUGAGAUGCAGGAUUAUGCUACAAAGAAGAAUGAUUCACAGAAGGGAUGCGAGAGUCAUGAAGUUCUGUAGAGCUGACCCUGCUUGGAAUGUAGGUUGUGCAGAAGGUGUAGUGUUAUUGUGUAUAAUAAACCUUGUGUUAAAUACAUUGUGCAAGGUCAUAUCCCACAUCAGCUCUCUCUGGGCAGAAGGUUUUGCAUGAGGUGCAGGUAUAUAAAAUAAAUAAAACUGCUGAAUGGAUAGCAGGGUGCAUGGCUUUAAUGUGAGACAAGUGUGUGAGACGUAUGAUGUAGAAUCAGGCAGCGCUGUGUUGUAUGGAGCAAGUGCCCAUUUGUUUCUUCCAACAACUUUCUCAUCAUAAUUUAAUGUAUUUUUUCUGCUGCUUUUGUUUGUGUGCAGUAAGAAGAAUAAAGCUGCUCCAGACCUC